AUGGGAGCUCAAGCUGCCAUUGCUGUGGCCAUUGAUGUUCCAAGGGAUUCCCAGUGUGCCAUGGCAGUCCAUCGAUUUGCUCUUCAAUGGAUCGAUAGGAUUUCUGAGAAAAUGCUCCGUGGAAGUGACAGUGGCUUCAGAUGUGGGGGCAGCCAACAGCAAAUAGCUACAGAGAACAGUGAAACCAAGGUCAAAGAGAAACCAAGCUACAGUGAAACCAAGGUCAAAGAGAAACCAAGCUACAGAGAAACCAAGGUCAAAGAGAAACCAAGCUACAGAGAAACCAAGGUCAAAGAGAAACCAAGCUACAGAGAAACCAAGGUCAAAGAGGUCACAAAUGUUCAAGAGGAGAGAGUUACAACCAGUCUGAGGGAUGUGUAUGGAAAAGAGGACUUGAAGAAACAAAAGACAUCAUCUCCUGAAGUUGACAGCAUAGCAGAUGAUGAAUACAAACUAACUCAGAGGGUAUUGUUGGAAAAUUCAGUCCAGAUUGAAGGAGAGCUGCCCAAGGAUGACAAGAAGGUAGAACAUUACAUUGACAUUGAGCAAAGGGACAACAAAAAACAAACUGAAUACCAAAGCAAUACUGGCCUAGAAGUACUCCCUGGGGAAAUAAUAGAGGAGACUGCUGCAAAUUAUACUCAUUAUGAAAGUAAACACACAUCACUUAACUUCAAAGUGAAUCCAAAUGUUGAAGAGUAUAAUGAAAAAUCAUACGACCAGCUAUACUUGAAUUGCAACCCAGUGAGUUCACAACUUUCUUCAAAAGAAAUCUGUUAAAAGGAAUGUUAUAUG